CACCACUCUCGGGAAGGGCCGUACCAGCAGCCCGGGAGCGGACCCCUCUUAAAGCACUGCGCGGGUGUUGCAGGAGUUGGUUUGUAGUGGGGCGAUGGCGGUCUGCGUGCGGCUGGGCACCGCGGCCAAAGUGCCCCUCCUGGGGCUUGGCACAUGGAAGUCUCCACCAGGUAAGGUGGAAGCUGCAGUGAUGGCUGCUAUUGAUACUGGUUACCGACACUUUGACUGUGCCUACGUGUACCAGAAUGAGAAGGAAAUUGGGGAGGGGAUCCAAAAGAAAAUCAAGGAAGGCGUUGUGAAGCGAGAUGACCUCUUUAUUGUCAGUAAGCUGUGGUGCACAUUUCAUGACAAGCCUUUGGUGAAGGGAGCCUGCCAGAAGACUCUCACUGACCUGAAACUGGAUUACCUGGAUCUUUACCUCAUCCACUGGCCUCUUGGUUUGAAGGCAGGAGAGGAACUGCUUCCCACAGAUGACAAAGGCAUGUCUAUACCCAGCAACACAGAUAUUCUACAGACAUGGGAGGCCAUGGAAGAGCUGGUGGAUGCUGGUCUGGUAAAAGCCAUUGGAAUCUCGAACUUUAACCACGAGCAGAUUGAAAGAAUCUUGAACAAGCCGGGGCUGAAAUACAAGCCUGCAAAUAACCAGAUUGAAAGUCACCCAUAUCUUUCCCAGGAGAAACUUAUCAACUAUUGCCAAUCCAAAGGGAUCACUGUGACAGCAUACUGUCCCCUUGGACGCCCUGACAGGGAUAAACCAGAGAACAGUUCCCUUUUGAAUGAUCCCAGGAUCAAAGAAAUUGCAGCCAAACACAAUAAAACCCCAGCACAGGUUCUCCUUCGCUUCCAGAUCCAAAGAAAUGUGAUUGUGAUUCCCAAGUCUGUCACACCACAGCGCAUUGUGGAGAACUUCAAGGUGUUUGACUUUGAAUUAACUAAAGAGGAGAUGGCAACCCUUCUCAGCUUAAACAGGAACUGGAGGAUCUGUGAAAUGAACAUGUGCAAAAAUCACAAGGAGUACCCUUUCAAUGCAGAAUACUAAAGACUGUUUUAUCCUGCCUUCCUGGAGGCCUCUGUGGUCUAAUGAGCAUCUACUGCUGCCUUGAGCUGUCCACUAUGUAGCUUACACACUGUAUCUCUCCUGCCAGCAAAGGCAUAGUGUAUGUAUUCAGUGACAUGAGGUUUUUCUUCUUUGGUAGAAGGAAAUGGUGAAAUUGUUCUCAAGAACAAAAUAUGGGCUAUAAUAAUUCCCUUAUCAAUAGGUAGAAUAGUCUCUGCAUGACUGAAAUAGCAAAGUAGAAAACCUGAAGAAUGAACUAGCAACUGAAUAAUUUUUGUUGUCUUGGAUCACCUCCAUUUAAAGCUGCAGGGUAAGAAUAUGUGAGCACACAAGAAAUAUCCACCCUGAAAGAAUUAACUACACAAUCACUGCCUGGAGAUAAAAGACAACAAUUAACUUGACUUCUAGAGCACAGCCCCAAGCUUUCUGUGAAAGAAUAGUAAUUGGGAGAGAUUGCCAUACCUACAGAUGCAUAACAACUCUUACUGGGCACUGUUUCUGUCACAUUCUUUUACAGACUGAAUCUGAACAGAGAUUAGUGUUCAACUUUAUUCUUAUACAUUGUUCCAAAAUAAAAAAUACUUAGAUUAC